AUGGAUGUAGCCUACGAUCACAUCCAGGAGGAGAUCCUCUCUUCCAACAACGCCUCCAAGACGGGCGAUUCAUCGUCUUCUGCUACCGAUGCGAACUCUUCCCAGAACCAGAACCUUGAUCUGAGCGCCGAAUUCCAGGAGACUUUCCGUGCGUUCUCUGCUAGCCCGUGGGGUGCUCGUCUGGGCGGUCUCUGGGAUAAUGUCCGCAAACAGGGAGAGAGCUACUACGAGGGUGCUCGACAGGAAUAUGCGGCAGCCAGCGAAGAGGCCGUCAAGGGGCUAUCGGAUCUCAAGGAGACCAUCGUCGGCCGCACCAGGGGUCUGUCCUUGGGAGUGUCAUUCACGGGUGAGGGAGAGGAGAAGGACGAGCCGUCGACGCCUACCGCUCCCAAGGCUGAAGGUUCUCAGGCGGAGGGUGAUGAUGGCGAGAGCUUCAUCACUCGCUUUCGCAGUGAGGCUGCCAAGAGGCUGAAGGACAUUCAGAAGGCGGAAGAUGCGGCUGACCAGGCCCUCCUUCGUUUCGGAACGAAUAUUCGUGAUUUCUUGCGGGAUGCAGUCAGCAUUGCUCCUCCGGCGGAAGGGGACGGCUCCGACAAAGGAGAUGUUCGCUUCGAGAGCAAGGAUGCUGAUGGCAAGCGGGUGAUCCAUGCUACGCGAUUCGAGGCUCAGCUGCAUGUUAUCCAUACCGAUUCGAACAGCUUCACGAAGGAUCCCGACAGUGACAAGUGGGCCGAGUUCAAGAAGGACUUUGAUAUCGAGAAGAAGACAGAUGAGAUCGCCAAGGACCUAGAGACAUAUCCGGAGCUUCGUCGUUCUAUGGCAAAGCUGGUUCCCGAGCAGGUUGAGUACAGUGACUUCUGGUCCCGGUACUACUUCCUACGCAUGGUCAUUGAGACGGAGGAAAGGAAGCGCAGGGAGCUUCUGAAAGGUGCCAUCGAUGCGGACGAGGAAGAAGUUGGCUGGGGUGAGGACUCAGACGACGAAUCGAACUCUCCUUCUACUCCCCAAGUCAAAUCCAACAAGGAUACCUUGAAACCAGUCGAACCCCGCCGUUCCAACGACCAGCAGUCCCAAGCGGAUAGCGAAUCCAGCUAUGACCUGGUCAGCGGCACCACCAGCCGUACCCCGGGGAGCCCCAAGGAGCACAGCCCUGCCAACACCAAGACCGACGAGAGCGACUUGGAGGACUGGACAUAAAUCCAUCACUCCUAGGACAGAUCUCUGACUUGCACGUCUCCUCUCAUCAAGGCUCGAACUCAGCACGAGUUUUAUUCUCUAACCUUCUUUCCUCUUGAAAUCAGCGGGUACCUGGAGUCCGGUUCGGUUAUUCAUUGGCGUUACAUUUCCCUCCUUUUGUCUCCAUCUACGGUCCCUUUUCUGUUCCUGUCCUGUCCCUUUCCUCAGGAUGUGUUGAUCCCCGUCUCGCGACUGUUUUGCCCCUCCUAGUUGACUUAGUCUAUUUGCUCCAAGUGCUAGCUGUACAGCCAUUCCAAUGCAUGGGUAACUCUGACUUUUUUUUUGGCUCUGAGUCGACUCCUAUAAUUCCAUAAUGCAUCGUCGCCUGAGGGGUUAUCUUAGGUCCAGCUGGAUUUACAGUGCCACCAUGGUCUUGUUUCCGUGAAUGUCAGAUCUACUCGACGCUCAUUGGAACAACGGAAGAGUUUACAUAUU